AUGUGGUAACCAUUGUACUUUAUUAUACAUCUAAAGCUUUCCUCACAAGGUUUCGACAAUUUGCUCCACCAAGUAUAAUACUUGCAGCUUCAAGCAGACGAGCAAAUGAGAUCUGAACCUUAA